AUGAGUAUUCAAGAGUUUUAUUCUGCUAUGACAGAUCUUUGCGAUCAAUUGGCUUUUACAAAAUCGGUAAAAUUAAAGGCAUGUGGUGCCUAUAUUGAGCGUAGAGAGCAGCAACGAUUAGUACAGUUUUUAACAGCACUUCACAGUGACUUCGAAAGACUUAAAGGUUCAAUUCUGCAUCAUUCUCCACUGCCUUCUGUUGACUCUGUUGUGAGUGAGUUAUUGGCUGAAGAAAUAUGUCUUCAAUCUUAUUCUGAAAAGGGAAUUCUUUCUGCUUCAAAUCCUGUAGUACUAGCAGUAUCUUCUAAGUCAUUCUCUAAUCAUCAGAAGAAACCUCACAUAAGGGUUGGCUUCGAUAAGCGUAAUUUCUAUAAGCAGAAAGAUUCCUCAUCUUUUACCUCUGUGUCCCCUUUGUCCUCCAUUCCUAUUAUGACUACUGAUAGCACUCUUAUGCCCUUAGCAGGUGUUGGUUCUAUUGUCACAUCUCACUUGUCUCUCCCUAAUGUUUAUCUUAUUCCAAAACUUAAAUUGAAUCUUGCGUCUGAUCUACAAUCUCAGAAGCUGAUUGGGACAGGUCAUAGGGAGAAUGGACUAUAUAUUUUGGAUGAGUUAAAAGUGCCAGUCGCUACUGCUGCUACUGCUACUACUACUAUUGAUUUGUGUGAUUUGGGUGGGGAAUACACCUCUAAUAAUUUUUGCCAAUUGCUUGCCUUAGAUGGAACCAUCCACCAAACUUCAUGUACAGAUACUCCUAAGCAAAAUGGUGUUGCUGAAAGAAAACAUAGGCAUAUUGUCGAAACUACUCGUUCUCUCUUGUUGUCUGCUUUUGUUCCUAAUGAGUUUUGGGGAGAAGUUGUUCUUACUACAAAUGCAUGCACUGAUGCAAGUCGUAUCAUUCUGUCUUUAUAUGUUGUUGACAUGAUUAUUACUGGUGAUGACAUUGAUGAUAUUCUUGAGCAGACUAGACUUGCUGAUAACAAAACUGUAGAUACUCCCAUUGAGGUUAACGCAAGGUACUCUUCUUCUGCUGGUUUACCUUUGAUAGAUCCUACUUUAUACCGCACUAUUGUUAGGAGUUUGGUAUAUCUCACCAUUACUCGUCCAGAUAUUGCAUAUGUUGUUCAUGUUGUUAAUCAGUUUGUUGCUUCUCCUAUUACUAUUCACUAG